CAAAAAUUAAUUACAAAACAAAAUAUUCAUCUCGUUUGCCGCUCUGUUUCUUCGAGACAAAUGUUGCGAGCCUCAAUUUCCUCCGAGCUGUUGUAAUUGAUCCGCCACCGCAAUCGUCGGUUCCCGACCUAAUUUUCCUUCUCAAAUGCCGAGUUUUCAGCCUCUUUUUCGUCGACAAUGAUCCCUUUCAAGCAAUCUUUCGUUUGUGUUAGCCCCUCAAUUUCUCAGUUAGAAGAAGUAAAUUCAUGAAGGAAAUUGAAGAAAGUAGAACUUAUGGCGUCAAGUGUUGAUGAAGAUGGUAGGGAGCCAGCCAUGGAGUCUGGAGAAUCUGAGGAAGGAAUUGUUGUCCGGGAAGUCUGUGCAAAUGGGGUCUCCAUAAAAACAACAGAAGUAGAAGCAAAACUCGAUGAAGGAAAUAUUCAAGAGGCAGAAUCUUCAUUACGGGAAGGGUUAUCCCUCAAUUUUGAGGAAGCCAGAGCCCUUCUUGGAAAGUUGGAAUAUCAGAGAGGUAAUCUAGAAGGUGCACUACGUGUGUUCGAUGGUAUUGAUCUCCAAGCAGCUAUUCAACGAUUACAGCCUUGUAUUGCUGAGAAGACACCUCCAAAAAAAGGACGUUCGCGCUCUGAUUCUCAGCCUGCAGUUUCACAGCAUGCUGCAAGCCUGGUGCUUGAAGCCAUAUAUUUAAAAGUGAAGUCUCUUCAGAAGCUAGGGAGAGUAACUGAGGCUGCUGAUGAGUGUACUAGUGUACUUGACGCCAUAGAGAAGAUAUUCCAACAAGGAAUUCCUGACGGGCAAGUGGAUGAUAGAUUGCAAGAGACUGUCAAUCAGGCUGUUGAACUCCUCCCUGAACUGUGGAAGCAGGCUGGCUGUUUCCAGGAAGCAAUAUCUGCCUAUAGGCGUGCUCUCUUAAACCAAUGGAACCUCAGUAAUGACAGCUAUGCUAGGAUCCAGAAAGGAUUUGCUGUGUUUUUGCUUUACAGUGGAGUCGACGCUGGUCCUCCUAGUCUAGCUGUUCAACUUGAAGGUUCAUAUGUACCGAAAAAUAAUUUGGAAGAAGCAAUUCUACUUUUGAUGCUUCUUGUGAAGGAAUGUUUCCUUGGUAAUACAAAAUGGGAUCCAUCCGUGAUGGAGCACCUAAUAUUUGCUCUAUCCUCAUGCAGACAGACUUCUGUUUUAGCAAAACAAUUUGAAGAGGUCAUGCCUGGGGUAUAUCGCCGUGUAGAUCGUUGGAAGUAUUUAGCUCUUUGUUAUUGUGCAGCUGGACAGAACAAAGUUGCCUUGAAUCUUCUGAGAAAGACUCUACACAAACACGAGCAACCAGGCGAUGUAGCAGCCUUAUUACUGGCUGCCAAGAUCUGUAGUGAGGAUCCUUAUCUAGCUGCUGAAGGUGUUGAAUACGCCCAGCGGGCAAUUAAUAAUUGUAUAGGAGAUGAAGAGCAUUUAAAGGGUGUGGGUCUACGCAUGUUAGGUCUUUGCUUGGGAAAACAAGCCAAAAUUUCUUCCUCUGACUUCGAGAGGUCCCGUCUUCAGUCAGAGGCAUUGAAAUCUCUUGAGGCUGCAAAUGGUCUGGAGAGAAAUAACUUAGAUUUGAUGCUUGAGUUAGGAGUACAGUAUUCCGAAUAUCGGAAUUUGAAUGCUGCAUUGCAAUAUGCAAAGAAGUUCAUUGAUGAAACCGGUGGCUCUGUCUUAAAAGGCUGGCAGUUGCUCGCUCUUGUUUUGUCUGCCCAAAAGAGAUUUCCAGAGGCGGAAGUGGUCACUGACGCUGCGAUGGAUGAGACCACAAAAUGGGAACGAGGACCACUUCUUAGACUCAAGGCAAAGCUGAAAAUCUCUCAAUCAUUACAUAUGGAUGCUAUUGAAACAUACCGUUAUCUCCUUGCAUUAGUUCAAGCACAAAAAAAAUCCUUUGGACCGCUCAGAAUCGUCCCUCAGGUUGAAGAUGAUAAAUUGAAUGAAUUUGAAGUUUGGAAUGGUCUAGCCAAUUUAUACUCCAGCCUUUCACAUUGGAAAGAUGCAGAGAUAUGUCUAGGAAAAGCAAAAGAGCUGAAAGAGUUCUCCCCAGAAUUACUACACACUGAAGGUCUAAUGUACCAAGGAUGUGAGAAAAUACAGGAAGCCCUAGCUGCAUACAUUAACGCUCUUCUACUUGAACCAACUUACGUUCCUUGCAAGGUUUUGAUUGGUGCUAUUUGGUCGAAAGCAGGCCCGGAUGCGUUGCCUAUAGCAAGAGGCUUACUUUCAGACGCAUUGAGAUUAGAUCCGACCAACGGUAAGGCUUGGUUGUACUUGGGGGUGAUCCAUAGGGACGAAGGACGAAUGGCUGAUGCUGUAGACUGCUUCCAGGCAGCCGCCAUGCUUGAAGAAUCAGAUCCCGUUGAAAGCUUCAGCAGUAUUCUAUAGUCGGUCAUUAAUUUAUUUCAAGUACAGGAUGAUCGACUUCAAACUAGCUCCGAAAUGGAUUGAAGAUCGCAUACAUUUCACUUUCUUAGAGACCGAAACUAAGGAGUUGGGGCGAAAUGUGAAGAACUAUGCUGUAAGUCGUAACUGGACAAGCUUAAUCUAUAAAUUUAAUUACAUAAAAACUGUGUUUCAAAACUAUAUAAAUGUGAAGUUAGGAAGGAUGAAUUCAUGUAGAGAGAUGAGUGGGUGGAUAUUUUCAACACUGAUUGUUUGUUUUUACCAUUCUUGCUCAGCAAUGUACAUUUAUUCUUGUAACUGAGCAAUAUACACUAAUGUUUAUUUGUUGUGAUGUAAUCUAUUUACUUUCUUCCA